AAAGCCGCGGACAGCACUUUUAGUGAGCGCGCUUGAAGUCCCCAUUCAAGGUCUCCAGCAUCCUUCAACAUGCCAAAGGCACGGAUUCCUUACCGUCCAGCUUCGUGCCUUCCAAAGGGUAUUCCGCCCCUAAAUCUCUUCCUCAUGUGGGCGCAUUCGCCUUCAACUCUACCUCACGCAAUCUCCCUCGGAACAGCCUGUUUUCGGGACACUUCACUCUCACCGCAUAAUCGUGAACUCGUCUGUCUCUUGACUGCACACAGACUGUCGUGCGAUUACCAAUGGAAGCAGCAUGUCCAAAUUGCUAAAGCGACAGGAGUACCAGGAGCCAAAAUCGAGGCUAUAAAAGCAGAUCAGAUUACUGGAGAUGAGUUCUCAGAGCUCGAGAGAGUCUUGCUAGCAUUUCUGGAUGAAGUUCUCAAGGGGCCUGAGGUCAGCGAUGCAGUUUUCGGAGAGGCGAGGAAAUACUUCAGUGAUCAGGCUUUGGUGGAGGUGGUGACGAUGCAGGGGUUUUACUACAGUCUGGCGAGGAUUGCGACGGUGUUCCAGGUGGAUCCAGAAUCUUUCACCAGGGAGACGGCGAAGGAGGUGGUGAAAGAGUAGAAAUCCCUUGAAAUUCGCAGGUGCUGACGUGAAACGGAGGCUGGAGUCUUGGAGGUGUUUCCUUUGGAUUCUGGUUUAGGAGCGAUCAUUAUGUUUGGCGUUUUGCAGCGUGCACAGAAUAAAGUCUUUUUCCUGUGGGCCGUCAAGAGAACCAGCUGCAGGUCAAGUCAUUAUUCCUGUCUCGGUGCUUGCAAAUCUUGAAGCUUCUCGUUUCAUCACUUGCUUGGCGGACUCGACCAUUCAAUUG